AGUUGCAGGUAUGAUUGAAGUUUUACAUAAAAUAGAUGCAGAAGGAGGAGUUUCAAUAAAUCAUACCAGUCAUGCAACAUCUACAGCUACUUCAGGAUUUGCUGGAGCUAUUGGCUAUAAACUCCCUUCAUUUUCUUCUGCUUACAUGGAAAUGGAAACAAUUAUGUAUGCUCUUGGAGUGGGAGCAUCUGUCAAAGAUCCAAAGGAUUUGAAAUUUGUUUAUGAAGGAAGUUCUUAUUUCUCCUGUUUGCCUACCUUUGGAGUUAUCAUAGCUCAGAAAUCUAUGAUGGGUGGAGGAUUAGCAGAUAUUCCUGGGCUUUCAAUCAACUUUGCACAGGUUCUUCACGGGGAGCAAUACUUGGAGUUAUAUAAACCUCUUCCUAGAUCAGGAAAAUUAAAAUGUGAAGCAGUUGUUGCUGAUGUCCUAGAUAAAGGAUCUGGCGCAGUAAUUCUUAUGGAUGUCUAUUCUUAUUCUGGGAAGGAACUUAUAUACUAUAAUCAGUUCUCUCUCUUUCUGGUUGGCUCUGGAGGCUUUGGAGGAAAACGGACAUCAGAAAAACUCAAGGUAGCUCUCGACGUACCUAGUAGAUCUCCGGAUGCUGUACUUAGAGAUACCACCUCACUUAAUCAGGCUGCUUUGUACCGCCUCAGUGGAGACUGGAAUCCCUUACACAUUGACCCUAACUUUGCUAGCCUUGCAGGCUUUGAGAAGCCCAUAUUACACGGAUUAUGUACCUUUGGAUUUUCUGCCAGGCAUGUUUUACAGCAGUUUGCGGAUAAUGAUGUCUCAAGGUUCAAGGCAAUUAAGACUCGUUUUGCAAAACCAGUAUAUCCGGGACAAACUCUACAAACUGAAAUGUGGAAGGAAGGAAACAGGAUUCAUUUUCAAACUAAGGUCCAAGAAACUGGAGACAUUGUCAUUUCAAAUGCAUAUGUGGAUCUUGUGCCCAAAUUAGAUAUUUCAGCUAAGAUACCCUCUGAGGGUGGCGAGCUUCAAAGUACUCUUGUGUUUGAGGAAAUAGGUCGGCGCCUUAAGGAAGUUGGGCGUGAGGUGGUAAAGAAAGUAAAAGCUGUGUUUGAGUGGCAUAUCACUAAAGGUGGAGACAUUGCAGCUAAGUGGACAAUUGACCUGAAAAAUGAAUCUGGAAAAGUAUACAAAGGCCCUGCAAAAGGCUGUGCUGAUACGACUAUCAUAAUUUCAGAUGAUGAUUUCAUGCAGGUAGUUCUGGGCAAGCUUGACCCUCAGAAGGCAUUCUUUAGUGGCCGACUGAAGGCCAGAGGGAACAUCAUGCUGAGCCAGAAACUCCAGAUGAUUCUUAAAGACUAUGCCAAGCUCUGAGGGGCAUACUGCAUUAGUAAUAAAAAUAGAAUAAUUAGAUACUUUCUUCAUUCAAGUAUUAUUUGAUUAUUCUGCAAAAAUGAUCAAAACUAAGAUAUGGAAGAUGCUUAACAUUUUCAGAUUUUCAAUUUCUACUAAUUUUGCAUAUAUUAUUUUUACAAGGAACAAUAAGCUAGCUUAUAAUUAUCUUUCUGUUCUUCGAACUGUAUCUUCAUAAUAAAAAAAAAGUUCACUCAAGUCCAUUUUCUUUAGAAUUUGGGAUAGCAUUUAUAAGUUGAAAGAAAAAAUUAAGUGAAUAAAAGCUACUUUGAUAUCUUUUACACUUA